GUGUGUGUGGUGUACUGGGCGGUGAUAAAGUCGUGGUCUCGGGUGCUGGUUGAGUCCAUCAUCACGGACUCAGUUUCCUGUCAGGCUCGAUGCCUCCUGGUGGACCACGGAGAGAGACUCGUCGUCCCCUCAGACCAGAUCCGGAUCGCUAUGCUGAAUUUCCUCCAGCUGCCUUUCUGGGUGAGGAAGUUUCACCUGGCGCGAAUCAAACCAACAACCCUGCGAGUUUGCGUCCACGAGAUAAAGGCAGGACUCAUGUGA